CCUGUGCUAGAGCACCGCAGAGCGCCUCCCUCCGCCACAGGGCCACGGAGAGGCCGUUCGUCUGCGGCUCGCGCUCGGGCAUGGAUCCGGGAUCUGCCGCGGGCACCGGAGGGACCUUCCUCUCCCUGAGCGACAGUGAGCAGAGAUGUUACUCCGGGCUGUACGCGCUCUGUCAGCCCGACAGCCUCGGCAAACCGGCGGCGGGGAAAGUGGCGGAUCUGUUCCGGGCGUCGCAGCUGCCGGCCGAGACGCUGCACCAGGUAACAGAGGUGUGUGGUGCUAAGCGGCUCGGGUUCUUUGGCUGUGGGCAGUUGUACGUGGCUCUGAAGCUGAUGGCCGCGGCACAGGCUGGUUUGCCAGUACGUCUGGAGAGCAUCGCAGGGGAACUUCCUCUUCCUGUGUUUGUUGGGAUAACGAAUGAGCUUGAGAUGCGUUACGCCAAUCACCCCUCAACCAAUGAGAGCCAGCCGCACAUCCUGGGCUCAGUUCCAGGCUCCGCCCCUCGUCCCCCUGCAGACAGACCUGUACUGAGACACCCUGACACCAGCAUGGACAAACAGGAGGCGUGGUCUCCACCGCGGUCACCCGCCAUCUCCCCGCCCCGCUCACCGUCAGCCUAUCGCAACUAUCCAUAUGCUGCACAGAGAAACGGAACAGACACGCUAUUGGCGUAUGACGGGAAAGUGCCGUCUCGUCCCAGUGUUCCUCAGGAAAACUCCUCUCCCAGUCAUUAUUCUCUCAAGCCUCAGCCGGAGCAGCCUGUCAUUACACGCGUUGGCUCUGUGGAGCGUCUGGUGGAGAGAGCAGAGGUGGAUUACUCCGACGACCCCUGGAGGAUCACCGAGGAGCAGCGGGAAUAUUACACCAUCCAGUUCAGGAGUCUCCAGCCUGACCUCAGCGCUCUCAUCGUGGGAACUGUUGCAAAACACUUCUUCACCAAGUCGAAGCUUCCGAUUCCAGAGCUGUCGCAUAUAUGGGAGCUGAGCGAUGUUGACAAGGACGGCGCUCUCACUUUCCCAGAGUUCUGCACCGCCUUCCAUCUGAUUGUGGCCCGGAAAAAUGGUUUCCUCCUUCCUGAAACUCUCCCCGCCACGCUGAGACCGGGAUUUGUGGAACCAGGUGUGGUUACAGCGCCACCAUCUGAGGCGACUCAACCUCUCAUUGUCUUUGAUGACAAUAUGAGGCCUGGAGCCAAUCCACCGGAAAUGUGUUCUGCUGGCCUUCAGGUGACCUCUAGACCAGGUGUGACCGCUAAACAGGACACGAGAGAUGAAAGCAGGAAACCGGAAUUCAGCCCAAAGAGAAUUCCAGACCUGCAUGAAAAGCCAAUCCAGCGUGUCAGCACUUUAAAACCAGAUUCUCCACAAGAGCUUGACGCGAAUAUGAAGUCAAGAACACGACCCAGGUCAUAUUCCAGCACGUCUAUAGAUGAUGCCAUGAAGAAGGUGGAGGAGCCGCCCACUCCUCCUCCUCGACCCCAGAAGACUCACUCCCGCGCCUCCUCUCUCGACCUCAACAAGCUCUUCCAACAGAGCAGUCAAGGUGGUAAAAGUGUGUGGUUGCCUCCUCCUCCAGCUCUUCCUCCACGACCCCCAGCGACGCAGAUCUUCAGCUUCAUGCCUGGCUCAGAGAAGAGUUCCCAGAAGGCCGUUCAUCAGCCAAACUUUGCAGAUUUCAGCAAGUUUAGUGAGGAGCAGGAGACCAUUGUGACAGGAGCUCUCAGCACAGAAGACCUGGCACCCAAAUCGGAUUCCACAGUGGUGCAACAAGGCCACGCCCCUCAGAAGCCAGUCCGAAGAAAGCUCCACCCAGAAAGCCUGAGUGCCACGCCCCCCUUGGCCACGCCCUACUCUGCUGCCACAUUGACCAAAUCUACACAGAGGCCUCCACCCAAGCAGAAGAGAGAGAUCCAGAUGGCCAUCAGGAAGAACCGAGAAACCAACGCAGUCCUGACACGUCUCAACAGUGAACUACAGCAACAGCUAAAGGUUGUGCACCGGGAGCGAGUCACUCUGGAAUCCCAGCUGGAGUUGCUGCGGCCCGUGGCGUCAACCUGACCCGACACACACUCGCUUUCUCUCGCUCUCUGUCCUUCUCGUGCGUGCGCUGGACUCUGGGUUCUGUCUAAUACUCUGAGUUACAAUUCAGGCACGCGACAGG